CGAUGAUGCAACGAUCGGGAAUCUGGCUAUUGUCUGAUAAAACGGUAUACAGUACUCCGUGGUCCGUAUAUAGUUCGGCGAUAAAGAGAGUCCCGGUGUUGGUUGGAUAAAAAGCCGCAGCCAAAGCUGGCCAGAAGAGAAAUCUCUGCAGGCACCGAAUGUGCGUCAAGUCCUCGGGACAUUUCUGACUGGCCAGUUGAAUUAGCCACGAUGAUGCGCGAGUGUCAUGCAGUUGGCCCGAGCACCGCUUGGACCAUUCUAGAGAUCAGAAGAAUAUCCUUGUGAGCAUUACGGCUGGUUACGGCUAGUACAGUAUAAACCCACCGAGCUGUUCUUAUCGUGGAUACGUUUAGUCGGUGGAUCUUCGGUCGAUCCUCUUGUGGCUACCGGCGACUCUCGAACGAGAGCCAAAGAAACCAGCACAACAGGCUGGUUCCGUGGAUCCUUCGUUCUCCUCCCCGAACGGUCUGGAAUGUGUCAUUGAAUCAUCUCGACUGUGACUUAGCUAGCUGGUCGAACUUUUAAUGUUGACUCGGGUUCUCCCCUCUUGAUCCACCCACACCCAUCGUGCUUAUUCUUCGUUCCACCGUCCACUUUCUUAUUGUCCUUAUACCCUCUUGCAUAUCCCGUCAUCUGUCCAUUACGUUUUUUAUAUUUGCAUCUGUAGUUCUCUUCCUCUACCAUCUCUCGACUGGACCAAGUAUUGCCAUUUGUUUCGCCUUCUCGGGCUCCUCGGCCCUGAUUGCUCGCUGGCAUGUCCGACCCAAUCUAUGCUCCUCACCCCAGCCCCAACGAAGAAUAUGCCGAAUUUCCUCUCCCUGCAAUCGACCCAGUUGACCCGAUAACCCACUCCAGUCGCCAAAGUCUGGAGCGUGAAAACACCGUCGAUGCCCAUCAAUACGAGACUGGACUCGCCGAUCCCCAGCCCCAAGCUUCACCACCACUCCCUGCUGCCGAAACCGAACAACCACGAAUUCGAUCGCCACGCGUGCGCUUUCGUUCAAUCAGUCGCUCUAUAAGUGAACGAUACCAUCAUCUGCACGACGGUUCUCACCGAGGUUACUCGGACCCGUCCGACGCUGCACAGCAUCCAUUGUUGCCGCCGCCCGCAGACCUGACCGAGAUCCCGUUGUCCGGAAGCGUCACCCCGCCAGCCCCGACAUUCUCGCGCCACGCGGGCCGUGCAGGCGGUCGCCCGCCGCACAAUGACAAUGAUCCUCUCCCUGUCGAUCCCGAGAAACGAGAGCAUCGGGAUCAGGAUGUCGAGCAUGCCCAUCCGGCGCUCGACCGCUUCCGAGCUGCGGGUCAGCUUCUGCGCCAGAAAACCGUGCGAUUGACCGAACGUCUGGGUCGUCCGGCGGACGACGGUGAGGCGCUGAGUGCGUCAAUCCUGCCGGAUGAUCUCGGCAUUCCCAUGGAAGAAUUACAGGCUCGUCGUGCUCGUCGCGAGGUGGAUCGUCUACGCAUGCUGGAAGCCGGCGAGGAACCGCUUGAGCCCCCGCCCAGCGCGGAGGCGCAUCGUCUGGUGCGCAGCAUGACCCAGGCCCAGGAUAAUCUGGCCCUGCGGAAGCGUCGUCCUCGCGGUGCGUACCAGCGGUCUGGUCAGACUACUCCCGAGGGUAUGUUGAAGGACUUUGCUGCUCGGCGUCGGUCGAGCGGUGGGUUCGCCGGUGGUAGUGGGAUCCUCUCGCAGCUGUUGAAGUUGCAUGCUAGUCAGACGAACUCGUCGCGGCCGGAGAGCGUCAUUACUGAUGACUCGGAUAGCGAUACGCAGGUUUCUUCGGGAAUGGCCACGCCCAAGGGAAUCGGAUCGCUUUCACCAACCAUUGCCCCAUCCGCGCCGACUUCUGGCGCGACCACCCCCCGCAAGGAAAAGAUCAAGUGGUAUAAGAAGUCGGCGCAUAGAUCAACUUCCUCCCUCAUCGAUGCCUCGAUGAACCUUAGUAGUACGAGUCUCCCGGCCGGUGCGGCAGGUUCGUUAUACCCCGGGAAGAGGCACAAGAAGAGUAAGCGUCGGACUCGGCUGGAGGAUGAGAUUCGUGUUACCGUGCAUAUUGCGGAGAUUUUGGCUCGGCAGCGAUAUAUCAUGCAGCUGUGUCGUGCGUUGAUGCGCUACGGUGCACCCACGCAUCGCCUCGAGGAGUAUAUGCAGAUGACGGCCCGCGUCCUCGAAGUCUCGGGUCAAUUUUUGUAUCUUCCCGGGUGUAUGAUCAUGUCUUUUGAUGACCCGACCACCCGCACGGCCGAGGUGAAGCUGGUGCGUAUGGUACAGGGCGUUGACCUGGGUCGUCUGGCCGAUACGCACAACGUGUACAAAAACGUGGUGCACGAUCUCAUCGGCGUUGAAGAAGCAUCCCAAGAGCUAGACGAGAUCAUGUCGCGAAAGCCACGCUUCAACAAGUGGAUCCUCGUUCUCACGUACGGCCUAGCCAGUGCAACCGUCGGCCCCUUUGCCUUCAGUGCCCGACCUAUCGACAUGCCCGUUAUUUUCUGUCUGGGCUGUCUAGUCGGGCUCAUGCAGCACGUCCUCGCUCCUCGCUCCGUGCUCUACUCCAACGUCUUCGAAGUCACCGCCGCAGUCCUAACAUCCUUCCUCGCCCGCGCCUUAGGAAGCAUCAAAGUUACCCGUAACGGCGAACAAGAAGUACUUUUCUGCUUCUCUGCCCUCGCUCAAUCCUCCAUCGCCCUCAUCCUGCCAGGCUUCAUGGUCCUCUGCAGCAGUCUGGAACUACAAUCCCACCAAAUGAUCGCGGGCUCUAUCCGCAUGGUCUACGCAAUAAUCUACUCCCUCUUCCUUGGCUACGGCAUUACUGUCGGGACGACGAUAUACGGCCUCAUUGAUGGCAACGCCACCUCGGCAACGACCUGCUCAAAUCUCGACAUCUACGGCUCCGCGUACGCCCGGCAAUUCCCCUUCGUCGCCGUCUACGCCAUCUUCCUCGCCAUCGUCAACCAUGGUAAAUGGAAACAGAUGCCGGUCAUGGUCUUCAUCGCCGUCUCGGGGUACAUCACCAAUUACUUCAGCACAACCAAGCUCGGCACCCAGUCCGAAGUCGCAAAUACCGUCGGCGCGUUCACGAUAGGUGUCCUGGGUAAUUUGUACAGUCGCAUCUGGCAUGGCCAUGCUGCGACUGCUAUCUUACCUGGUAUCUUUGUGCUGGUGCCAUCCGGUCUGGCGUCAAGUGGCUCGCUCAUAGCUGGAAUUCAGUAUGCGGACGAGGUUCGUCAUAAUCUGGAGACUUCGGGGAAUAGUACUUCCACGAACAGCUUGUCGGAUACCUCGGUCGCGAGUCUGGGCUUUGGUAUGAUUCAGGUUGCUAUCGGCAUUACCGUGGGCUUGUUCCUUGCUGCCCUGGUGGUUUAUCCGUUUGGUAAGAAGCGAACUGGGUUGUUCAGCUUCUAGCUUCUCGGGGGGUGGACUUCUCUAUACAUUUUUGGGGGGGAAAUAAUCUUUUUCGCAUAUUCUGGCAUUUACAUGCUUGUUUCUUUUUUUCUUCAUUUGUUGCCGUCAUGAUGCAUAUAAUUUCGGAUUUAUCUUGUGAGCGUUUUCUUUAUGGGUUUUAGCUAGCGUGUUCUUGUUGAUUCGGCGUGCAUUUGGGAAAGACAGCGACUUUUCUUUACGUUUUAGACUUGCAUGGGAUAUGAAUAGAGCGAUUAUUUUGAUGGGUUUCGUUAAAGAGUUAGAUAUCUUGUCUAAUUGCAUCCUGCAUUACCGAAUA